UAUUAUCGAUCGUUCAUCUAUCAAAAAAAAAAAAAAAAAGCUUAUGAUCAUUCAGACACACACCGACACACGAGUAAUGAGGAGGACUCUAAGCUCAGCAAUUCUUGCAGUUUUCGCAGUCCUUCUUCAGCUACGUGUUUCAAUGACUGCUUCAGAUCCAGCCCAAGAGAGCUUCCUCCAAUGUCUUUCAGACCAUUCUCAAUCAUUCCUACCAAUCUCUUCAGUCACCUACUUCCCCAACAACUCUUCGUACACAACUGUCUUGCAGUCCUACAUAAGAAACCUCAGAUUCAUGUCACCUACAACCCCAAAACCAGUUUUCAUAGUAACCCCUACCCAUGUAUCUCACAUCCAAGCAUCAAUAAUCUGUUCUAAAAUCCACGGCCUUGAAGUUAGAAUCCGCAGUGGUGGUCACGAUUAUGAUGGCCUUUCAUAUGUAUCACACAACCCGUUCAUCAUCAUUGACUUGUUCAAGUUAAGAUCCAUAAAUGUCAACAUAGAAGAUCAGAGCGCUUGGGUUGAUUCCGGGGCAACAAUUGGUGAGCUUUAUUAUAGAAUAGCAGAGAUGAGCAAAAUCCAUGGAUUCCCAGCUGGGGUUUGUCCCACAGUAGGUGUUGGAGGCCAUUUUAGCGGAGGUGGGUACGGUAACAUGAUGAGAAAAUACGGCCUAUCUGUGGAUAAUAUCAUUGAUGCGGUAGUGGUUGAUGUUAAUGGAAGAGUUUUAGAUAGAGAAUCUAUGGGGGAAGAUCUUUUCUGGGCCAUUAGAGGAGGAGGUGGAGCUAGCUUUGGAGUCAUCGUUUCUUGGAAAAUCAAGUUGGUUGUUGUCCCAGAAAUUGUCACGGUUUUUAGAGUUGAAAAAACCAUAGAAGAUGGUGCUACCGACAUUGUUUAUCAAUGGCAAUAUGUUGCUGAUAGGAUACACGAAGAUCUCUUUUUAAGGGUAGUUGUGCUACCAGUGAAUAAGAAGAGCCAUCAGACCGUAAAAGCUAAAUUUGUUGCUCUAUUUCUUGGAGAUGCAGAAAAUCUCAUUGCUUUAAUGGAUCAAAGUUUCCCUGAAUUGGGCUUAAGUUGUAAUGAUUGCAUUGAAAUGAGCUGGAUUGAAUCGGUGCUCUAUUGGUCUAAUUAUGCAAAGGGAACAUCCCUGGAUGUUUUACUUGUCAGACAACCAGAAUCAGAGAAGUUCUUGAAGAAGAAAUCAGAUUAUGUCCAAGAACCGAUUUCAAAGACGGGUCUUGAAGGUAUAUGGAAGAAAAUGAUGCAACUACGAAAGCCGGCACUAACAUUUAAUCCUUAUGGUGGAAAAAUGAGUGAGAUUUCCGAGUCUGAAACACCAUUUCCACAUAGAUCAGGGAACAUAUACAAAAUCCAAUACUCAGUGAAUUGGAAAGAGGAAGCUGUGGAGGCUGCGGAUCAAAACUUGGACCGGAUAAGAAUGAUUUAUGAUUAUAUGACACCUCAUGUCUCAAAGUCACCAAGGGGUUCAUAUCUGAACUAUAGAGAUAUUGAUUUGGGUACCAAUGGCGUUGGUAAUGUUAGCUACUCAGAAGCUAGUGUAUGGGCCACAAAGUAUUUUAAGGGAAAUUUUGACAGGUUAGUACAAGUGAAGACUGAGGUAGAUCCAGAUAACUUCUUUAGAUAUGAACAGAGCAUCCCAUCUCUUGCAUCCUGGACAAAUGUAGUGGCAGAGUAAAGCCCAAUUUAAACAUGAGGGAUCAUAGUGGCUUGUUGAUCUGUAUAUAAACAGAAAUAUGUGCUUGAAAACCAUGUUGAAAAAGAUGCAAAUUGUUUUUUUUUUUU